GGAGACGGGGGCCGGGCCUGGCGGUAGCAGCCGGAGGCGGAGCCCGGGUGUCCUCGGCGCUGGCGCGGCCGCCGCCGGGCAGCGGGGAGCGCGGCGCGGAUCCCAGAUCCGCCGGCCGGAGCGCGGGGGACGCGAUGCUGCUGUUCGUGGAGCAGGUAACAUCCAAGGGAGCUGGCCUAAACCCCAACGCCAAGGUGUGGCAGGAGGGUCCCCAGGGCAGCGGCGAGGCGGCGCCGCCAAGCAAUGGCGCAGAGCACUCGUGGCACGAACCAGCAGCUGUGGUGGGGACUCAGACUGAGGGUAACGUAGAGAUUUCGGAGGACAGCUGCAAGCAAUAUGAAGUGAUGUACUCCACGUCGUGUGAAGCUGCAAGAAAUGGCACAGGAAUCGAUGAAGCAGCUGCCAAUGGAAUUGUCCUAACAACAGAAGAUCUUGGAUACCAAAUCUAUGAAGUGGCUGGUGAAGGCAACUCCGUUGUGUCCACAGAAGAUAUUAGAGAAUGUUUGAGGAAGCAACUCGAGUUCUGCUUUUCACGUGAGAAUCUUUCAAAGGAUCUCUACUUGAUGUCCCAAAUGGACAGCGAUCAGUUUGUUCCAAUAUGGACAAUUGCUAACAUGGAAGGUAUUAAGAAGCUGACAACUGAUAUGGACCUUAUUCUGGACGUUUUGAGAUCUUCUCCUAUGGUACAAGUGGAUGAGACAGGGGAGAAAGUCAGACCAAACCACAAAAGAUGUAUUAUCAUUCUCCGUGAGAUCCCUGAAACAACACCUGUAGAGGAGGUAAAGGCUUUGUUUAAAAAUGAAAACUGCCCCAAAGUCAUAAGCUGUGAGUUUGCUCACAACAACAACUGGUACGUUACAUUCCAGUCUGAUACAGAUGCUCAACAGGCAUUUAAGUACUUAAGGGAAGAAGUGAAAACCUUUCAGGGCAAGCCAAUAAUGGCCAGGAUAAAAGCCAUCAACACAUUUUUUGCUAAGAAUGGUUACCGGGUAGUGGAUUCCAGUGUUUAUGCUCAGCCCAUUCAAACACAAGCACAGUUUGCCUCACCGCUGUUUAUGCAACCUGUAUAUAGUCCUCAGCAGUACUCAAUUUACAGCAUUGUGCCUCAGACAUGGUCUCCAAAUCCUGCACCUUACUUUGAAACACCACUGGCCCCCUUUCCUAACGGUGGAUUUGUGAAUGGCUUUAAUACACCAGGAUCGUACAAAACAAAUGCUGCUUCUUUGAGUAUAGGUCGCCCAUUCCAUAGGAAUCGUGUGAAGCCUCACUUCCGAUCGUCAGGCAGCUCAGAGCACGCUGCGGAGGGUCCAGCUGCAGCCAGCACUGUGUCAAUGGGGGAUGGACCACUGAGUAGAACCAGCUCAAGGAAUUUUGUUAUGGAGCGACAUAACAGCACGCUAACGGGGCACCAGGAGCAAGGCUAUGCCCAGAAGGAUUCUCCUACCGUGCAGAUGGAGCAGAAUGGAGAUUAUGGCAUUGGCAGGGGCAGGAGAAACAUCUUCAGAGGUCGGAGGAGACGAGAAGAUGACCGGAUUUCGCGACCUCAGCCUUCAACAGAAACAAAGACUCAGACACCAAAGUUUGAUUUGUUAGCAUCAAAUUUCCCACCUUUGCCUGGUAGUACAGCAAAAAUACCAGGAGAGCCUGUGCUGGAGAGCAGGAUGUCUGAUGUAGUCAAGGGAAUCGGCAAAGAAAAGGAAAGCAAAGAUUUGCUGCCCAGCUGUCCGGCUUCUGCUCAGGAGGAACAGAUGCACAGCAUCGUCCAGCAGCCUGUGACGAGCGUGAGUUCAUCGGGUCAGACUGAAGCUGUGGUGUUAAGCAGCACAGUUCAGCCAGAGAGCAAACCAGAAGUGUCUGUUCAGAAGGAUGUUAAAAGCCACACGUCCCCACCUGUGUCUGUCUGUCCUGUCAGCACUGCAAAGCCACCAAGGACAAAUACCACCAACACCACCUCGUCUCCUACUAACACAAGCGCAGCUCCCGCGGCGUCGGUGCAGGAGCCGCGCAAGCUGAGUUACGCAGAAGUUUGCCAGAAGCCCCCGAAGGAGCCGCCUCCCGUUCCUGUUCAGCCUCUCAGGGAGCUUCGCACCAACAUCGUUCCCCCCGCCAAAAACGACGACAGCGGUGCAGCCGAGAGGGCUUCGGAGAAGGCUGCUGACAAGGCUGAAGGUCGGAUGAAGGAUUUCUCCGGGUUCCGAGGCAGCGGGCCGCCCCGGGGAGCUGCGGGGAAAAUCAGGGAACAGAGGCGCCAGUUUGGACGCAGAUCAUCGCCUCAGGGAGCGCCGCGGCGUGUCGGCAAGGAGCAGUACGUGCCACCUCGGUCACCAAAGUAACGCCUGUCCGGCCCAUUCCUCUGUUUAAUUUCAGCUGUGGACUAAUGAGCAGCAAAGGAGACUGAGAAAGAAGUAUUCGUGAAGGGGAAUACUGAACUGGAGUGUGGCUUGUGUGGAGAAGGUGUGGAGGGUCCCAAAAUUCAUCUCUGAAAGUGAUUUCACAAAUGCUGGAGGAUUCCAAUCAAUAUGAAUAUAGAGAUUAUAAUUUUUGUAUUUUUGUUUUUAAUUUGCAGAGGGUUUCCUGCUUGAAAUCUGUUUUGGGGUUGUGAAACUAGCUUUUUGACAAAGUGAAAGAUUGUGAAUCGGCGAAUUAACGUGUCGCUUGGCGUAGGAGGAGAAGGAUAAGAGAUUAUUAUUUUUGAAAAAAAUGAGCAUUUCUGUAAAAGUAGAAGUUUUUUUUUUUAACCUAUUUAACAGUUGGCUUGUAGGAUGAUGUGUCUGCCAUUGAUGGCCUUGCAUUGCAGAGCGUGUCUGCAGCCCAGGUGCUUGGUCGGUGUGUGAGGUUGGGUGAGUGCAGCCAGGUAUGUUGUCACGGCUUAGUUACCGAUGGUAAAAACUGAAUGUACUACUGUAGUGAACUUUGUGUUUCCAGCUCGGAGUAUAUCUCUUGACCUUACUAAUAACUCAUUCAGCAAGCUUUUUAAACUAUAAUUUUUACAGGAGACUGGAUUGUAGGUCUGAGCACAUGGACGGCAAAACCUGUCUUGUACGUGCGGUAGGAAGAGGCAGAAGGGAGCGUGUCAGAACUCCUGAUUUGACCUUCCUCGCCUCCUCGAGGGCGACGUGGUGGGGUUUUUCAUUUGUUUUUAUCUCGCUUUUUACUUUCUCUAAUCUCUUUAUUGCAGGCUUCUGUGCAUUUAUCUUGGUAUGUUUUUGUGAGGCAGACCCAGUAUAGAUGAGUGAUGGACAGCUGCUCGGUCCGUGGCGUUAGCUCCGUGUGUAAUGAGCCUGGAGUUGUGGAGUUGUGCCCCACGGAGCCCUACCAGGCUCAGGCUGGAGUCUGCUCUGGAAUAGUUAGCAGCUCAGGCGUGGCUGGGUUUCUGUAUGCUGACCUGUCUUUGUGAUCUGGAGUAGGGCAUGGGAUGCUGUAUGCUAGAAAUCAGAGUUUACAUGUACUGGGAACUCGUUUACAGCUGAUACAGUAACAACUGACUUUGAAAAACUGUUCCAAGUGGAGCUAAGGGUAAAGAAUUAAACAAAAACCCUCGUGUUCAGAGAAGCUGCUCGAAAGGUAGCAUCUGGCCUAGCUGUAUGCCGACUGAAUUUGCAACACUAUUUGUGUAGUAAGUGGUUAAGUUUGAAGGUGAUGACCGUAAUGACUGAAAUGGGAAAACUCAGCGCAUUAAUCUGCCAAAAUCAGCACGCCAGGGUUCAAAGUUCUGUGUGAAGCGUUAGGAGGAGGUUCCAGCAGCAAGAAAUCACGCCUUUUUUCUUUCUGUAGCGAAUAGCAAGUGUACAAACUUUUAAGUCGUAAGUUGUGAACACUGGAAAACUCAAUUGUGAUAUAUACCGUAAACAUCUUAGUAAUAUAUGUUAGUGUUGCCAUUAGAAUGAAUGUAAGUGGCAGUUAAAAUAACUGUGAAAACUUUCAUUUUCUGAUUUCUUAGCCAGAUAACCCUUGGCAACUUCUUACUCAGUAGGCAUUCGCUAUCAACUGCUUUGAGAACACUCAUAUCUAUUUUUAUAAAUAUAUAUAUAAAGCCAGAGUUGUCAUUUCUCUAACUUAUUAUUCAGCUUGGCAAUUGCUUUGAUUUGAUUCAUAACACAAUAUGAUGUAUUUAUGCAGUUAACUGUUCAUUUCUACGCAUGUUAUAUAUAUAUAUACACACAUAUAUAUUAAAAAAAAAAAGAAAAAAAAGAGAGAACCAAACCAAAAUCAUUACUCACUGUUAAACUACCUGUACUGCGUUUGGGAGGUUUUUUUUUAAUUUAGUUAAAAAGAAAAUAAUAAUAACUGUUGAUCAUGUCUACAGUUUAGGAAUGCUUACAGAACCCUUCUCCAUUUAUUUCGAUAACGCUACGUUUGUUGGAAUGAUAGAGAAAUUUGAAUGUUUUGAAACGUUUUAAGUUCUGAAAUGGAAUUCAGAAUUAUUUUUGAUCCGUUUAAAGGCUACAAACGACGACUGCAGUCAAACUGGAAAAACUGUGAUAGUCACAGAUGUGUGGGUAGAUGUGUGCUGUCACUGGGGGUUCAGGAAGCACUGGGUGCUCAGUGCACCUGGUAACCAUGUAGUGCUCCAAGGUGGAAUCAGAGCUUUUAACAAUUGUGAAAUGGAAUUUUUUAAAAAAAAUUAUUUUAUUACUUGUGGGGAAAAAAAAUGAACUGCAGUUCAGUCUUUCUUAAAUGGUGAUUGGGAAGACUUGACCGUGGAAAGGAUGCUUUGUGUGUCCUGGAUGUACAUUUCCCAGCAGCAGAGCAUGGCUCCUGUACAGUGUAUGCGAAUGAGUCUGCAAACCCGUUGGCUCUUCUUUUUUUCCCCCCAGCAUAUUAAGAUUUUGAUCAAAUUAGAGCACUCAUAAUUAUUUAUUUAAUACUUAUCUGCAAGGAUUUAACGUUAGCAUUCCCCUUCCUCUUCUCCCCCGCCAUUGAUAUUGUUGUUUUCUUUCCUAAUCUUUUGUGCGUUGGGGGAAAUAACCAAGUCAAUGUAAAGGCUGUGAAAACUAUAGUUUUGUGUGCAAGUUCUCCUGCAGUACUCGUAUUGCAUGGCAAGCGUUUCACUUAAGCGGGCUAGCUGCUACGUUCUCAUCCCUGUAGUAGACUCAGGCAAACUGCUGUGUGUGCCCACUUCUGACAGGCUGGGGGACACAGGGACAGAACGGUGACGUGAGCCAGGCUGACUGCUGGGGCAGCUCGUGGCUUUCAUUUGAGUCACAUCGCUUCAUCGUUAGAGGUGAAACUGUCCCUUGUUCAACAGUGUUGGAAUGACCCGCGGUGACACAGCAGCUCCCAGCAGCUCCGUUCCACGCGGUGUGAACACAACCCGUCCCGCUCUGCGGAUGAUCCAUGCGUGCAACUUUCAUGAACUGUGAGCUGUGUUCAGCAUUGCUGACUUCUGUUCCCUACAGAAGUGUGCUUCCCCUGUUUCAGUUCUUUUCCAAAUGAUUGUGCAUGGAAAAGAUCGGGCUGCUCUCUUGCAUUUUUGCUGGAGAGCGAAAAGUGGAGUAAUUAUUUGCAUGUGAUAGUAAAAAGUGCAAAUUCUUUUUUUUCUUUUGAUUUCUAAAAUUAAGUUAGUUUUAUAGCAUCUUACAUUCCUGCUAUAUUUGUUUUUAAAAAAUAAUAAUAAAAAAAAAAGUUAGCCUGGCACAGUAUGAUGGUGCAGUUUUAGCAGUAGAUCUAUAAAAAGAAAAAUAAAAUAAAAAUGUAACCCACUCUAUUAACCAGAAGAGAAAGGUGAUACUGUGGCAGAUCAGUAGCAAAUAAGUGACUUAAUCGAUGCUUUACUGUAGUUCAAUAGCUAUGGCCUUACUACUUUGUCAAUAUCAGCUUAAUUGUCUUGAAAAUGUCUGCUAUUUUUACUGUUCCCGGGGGUGUCCGCCUGGGGUGAAAUAUCUGAUAUGUACAGAUGAUAUUUUAAAUUUGUAAAAUGCACCAUUGUAUUACAGACGAUGCAACAGAAAUGCACUUCGGGGGGAAAUUGCUUCUGAUGAGUUUUUUUGUAAAUCCUCGAUGACUACAGAUAUGCAAUAGAAUUGUUUUUUUUUUUUUUGUUUCUAAUUUUGAUAUUUCCUUCUGAAACGUAACGAUUGUUGCCAUUAAUCCGAAUGAUUUCUCAUGCUCUUUGUGUGUAUAUAUUACCUAUAGUCUGAGCUUCCUUUAGGAUGGUACAUAGCUUUGGUUUGUUGUAUUUUAGUUAGCUCUUCUCUAAGUGCCUUUAGCACAGGCACUGCAAGAGGCUUUUGGAGUCUGUUUUUAAUGUACAGUUGGGAGGACUUGAAAUGGAGUUAAAGCAACUUAUUUCUGAAGAAAAAAAAAAAAAAAAAAAGAAUAAAAA